GGGCUGGGGUGCUGGAGGGAUGCUGCGAUGCAUCUCUCUCUCCUCCUUUAUGGCUCUCGCUCUCUCUCCCACUCUGUCUCUCUCGCUUGCCUGCAUCCCUCCGUAUAAUCCACAUCUAGGGCAAGCAGGCUGAGAGUCAAUCCAGUGCUCAGCUCCUCUCUGCAGGCUGGGAAAAGAGUGAGAGAAAGAAGGAAAGAAAACGCUUCCCGAAGCAGGAGGAACAGCGGAAGGAGGAAAUCUGGCAAGCAGAGAAAUACAAAAGAAGAUCUGAUCACGGAUAUCAUUUAUAUAUAUACAUAGAAUUGUUUAUAUAUAUAUCUCUCUAUAUAUAUUUGUACACACGCAUAUUAAUAUUUAUAUAUAUAUAUAUAUGUAUACAUAUAUACCUGUAUAUAACUGUAUUUGUGCUUGUCUGUUUAUAUUGAUAUUUUUAUAUGUAUUCGUGUGUGUGUAAAUAUAUAUAAACAAAUAAUGCUAUAUAUAUAUGAAUUUAUAUAAAUAUCACUGUGAACCAAAAGAAGCAAGAAGAGAACUCUACCAUCAGGGCUGGUCUCUGAUUCCGAGAUCAUACACUAUUUUCAGCAUUAUUUUUCCAAACCUUUUACAUCGAACGGAGCAAGACUACGAACCUUUUUCUAUUUUUCAUUUCCCUGUCGCUACCUCCUUGCCUGUUUUUCUGGAUCGGGAGGAACAAAGAGGAGACUAACUGGGGAGAGAGAUCGGCGACAAUUCUGUGAUUUGUGCGUUUCGUACCGCCGUAGCUGUUCUGCGUGCUGCGUUUGAUCUGAGCAGGCAGCAGCAGUGAGAGAGAGAGAGAGAGAGAGAGAGAGAGAGAGAGAGAGCGAUAGAGCCACAGCGCACCGCACCGUGUGAGCUAGCCAGCAUGCACAAACAUCACCACUGCUGCAAGUGUCCAGAAUGCUAUGAAGUGACCCGCAUGGCUGCCCUGCGCAGGAUGGACGCCCCGGCUUAUGGAGACUGGCAACCCGAACCCUACGGAUACCCGGCCGGCUAUGGGGGUGGCCAGACCUUACCGCCCCAAACCUCGGGUGGAGGAGGGGGCAUGGGUGGAGGGGGCACGUUGGGGAGAAGUAAAGGGAAAAUGAUGUCGGCCGGGGGCCCCGGAGGCCCCAACCCCAAGAGCCAAUCCAAGGGCGCCCCCAAGGUGAAUGGUAACAAUUCGGGAGGUCAAGGAGGAUGGUGGCCAGAGUGCACCUGUUCCAAUCGGGACUGGUAUGACCAGGCAAACCCUCCCCCCAUCAUUGUGAACGCAGACUCACUGGAUGCAGGCCCUUAUGUGAAUGGGAGUGAUGGCAUGUACAAAUAUGAAGAAAUCAUUUUGGAGAGGGGAAACUCUGGCCUUGGGUUCAGCAUUGCCGGAGGUAUGGACAAUCCACACAUUCCUGAUGAUCCGGGAAUCUUCAUCACCAAGAUCAUCCCGGGAGGUGCCGCUGCCAUGGACGGGAGACUAGGGGUCAAUGACUGCGUUCUGCGGGUGAAUGAUGUGGAUGUGUCAGAGGUUGUGCACAGUAAUGCAGUAGAGGCUUUGAAAGAGGCCGGUCCGGUGGUCAGGUUGCUGGUACGCAGGAGACAGGCUCCUCCUGAGACCAUUUUGGAGGUCAACCUACUCAAAGGGCCUAAAGGUCUUGGUUUCAGUAUCGCUGGAGGAAUAGGCAACCAGCACAUCCCAGGAGACAACAGCAUCUACAUCACAAAGAUCAUUGAGGGCGGAGCAGCACAAAAGGAUGGACGCCUGCAGACAGGCGAUCGCCUGCUGGCUGUGAAUAACAUUAUACUUCAGGAUGUGCGUCAUGAGGAGGCUGUGGCCGCUCUGAAGAACACUUCAGACAUGGUCUAUCUGAAAGUGGCUAAGCCUGGACCAGUGCAUCUCAACGACAUGUACGCCCCGCCAGACUAUUCCAGCACCUUCCCCACUAUGGUAGACAACCACGUCGGCCACAACUCCAGCAUGGCUUACAUGGGAGGCAUGGAUCCGAAACCAGUGUACCCCCCGCCCCAGGUCACGCCCUCGAGGUACUCGCCAGUCCCACGCCACAUGCUGGGGGAGGAAGACUUCACCAGGGCCGAGCCCAUUUACAGUGCCAUCCACAAACCUCAUGGGGACACCAGCCCUCCCUCUCCCCAUCUGUGCAGCAGGGGGUCUGGGGAUGUGGGCUGCAGCCCCGCCCCGCCUGCUCUGUGUCAAAGCCUGGUCCCGUACACCGGCAGAGAGCCGCGGAAGAUCCUGCUUCACAAAGGUUCCACCGGUUUGGGUUUCAACAUUGUUGGCGGUGAGGAUGGGGAGGGCAUCUUCGUGUCUUUCAUCUUGGCAGGUGGGCCAGCCGACCUGAGCGGAGAGCUGAGGAGAGGAGACCGCAUCCUGUCGGUGAAUGGAGUAAACCUGCGCAAUGCUACCCAUGAACAGGCUGCUGCUGCGCUGAAGAGGGCUGGACAGACAGUGACCAUCAUUGCCCAGUACAGACCAGAAGAAUACAGUCGCUUUGAGUCCAAGAUCCACGACUUGAGGGAGCAGAUGAUGAACAGCAGCAUGAGUUCUGGAUCGGGCUCCCUCCGCACCAGUGAGAAACGCUCGCUUUACGUCAGGGCUCUCUUUGACUAUGACAGGACCAGGGACAGUUGUCUGCCCAGCCAGGGUUUGAGUUUUUCCUACGGAGACAUCCUGCAUGUCAUCAACGCCUCCGAUGACGAGUGGUGGCAGGCACGUCUGGUUACACCCCACGGGGAGAGUGAGCAGAUCGGGGUCAUACCAAGCAAGAAAAGGGUGGAGAAGAAAGAACGUGCACGGUUAAAAACAGUCAAGUUCCACGCAAGGACGGGCAUGAUCGAGUCCAACAGGCCAGUCAAAGUGAAGCGCAAAAAAAGCUUCAACCUUUCUCGCAGGUUCCCGUUUUACAAGAGCAAAGAGAAUAUAGUGCAGGAGCUGGUGGAGACUGAACAGUGUUUGACGUCUAACACCAGUGACAGCGAGAGCAGCUCCAAGGGUCAAGAAGACACAAUUCUGUCAUAUGAGCCAGUUAUCCGACAGGAGAUUCAUUACACGAGGCCUGUGAUUAUCUUAGGUCCAAUGAAGGACAGAGUCAACGAUGACUUGAUCUCAGAGUUUCCCCACAAGUUUGGAUCCUGCGUCCCACACACGACUCGACCUCGGCGAGAGAAUGAGAUGGACGGGCAGGACUAUCAUUUUGUGGCUUCGAGGGAGCAAAUGGAGAAGGACAUUCAGGACAAUAAAUUUAUUGAGGCCGGCCAGUUUAAUGAAAAUUUGUACGGGACCAGCAUCUUGUCUGUUCGGGCGGUGGCUGAAAGGGGGAAACAUUGUAUCCUGGAUGUGUCUGGAAAUGCCAUAAAGCGACUGCAGCAAGCACAGCUCUAUCCCAUCGCCAUUUUCAUCAAGCCCAAAUCUGUGGAGGCCCUUAUGGAAAUGAAUAAGAGACAGACAUACGAGCAAGCCACUAAAGUCUUUGAAAAGGCGAUGAAGCUUGAACAAGAGUUUGGCGAGUUUUUCACAGCCAUAGUCCAGGGUGACUCACUAGAUGAGAUCUAUAAUAAAAUCAAGCUGAUCAUAGAGGAGCAGUCCGGCCCUUACAUCUGGAUCCCGUCCGCAGAAAAGCUCUGAACUCGCCGCCUCCACGGAGCCCGCCCCGCCUGACCCCGCACCCACUCCCAGCCGCCACCUUCUCUUCCCUUUCACUGAUAUGUUUCAUAUCAAGUUUCAGUGUCAUCAUUAUGUUACCCUCAAAUGAAAACGUCUUCUCACCAUUACUGUGACUGUGAACACCCCUGCAUGAGUUUCUCAGCAAUUCCAUUCAAGAUUGGAAAUGCCAUUCCUAAAGAAAUCUUUUGUCAUGUAUAACAAAAAAGGGAAGCCGAGCGAAUCCGUGCGGACUGAUGAGAAUGUCUUAAAGAUCCGAGAUCAAGGAUAGCAGAGUUUUGGAUGUACCCUCGGUAACCGUGAUUCGAGUGGGAACCUUGUACAUGUUCAUCAGUUUCAUUGUUAAAGACAUUCAAGGAUGCCGAGCAAAGACAAACAAGGUUUCCACAAGGACUAUAUACAGAUCAAGCCUGCUGAUGGGACCGUUCACGGAGUCACGGCUCAAGACACUUAAAAACUUCAGUAAUUCAGCUCGCUGUAUUUGUUUGGCUGCCCGUGCGUUUAUACGGUGCAGUCGAUGAUGUCGUCGGAGGCAGAACAAAUGGAAAAUGGGUUUUGCGUCUAUACGUUUAUAUUACUGAAAUUACAUGGAAAAUAAAAAUCCUACAAGGAGAUUUUACUACAUAUUAUGAAAUGAUACGGUACACAUUUUACACUUCACUAGAAUUGUCUACUUGGAGGGCUGUUAGAUUUCAUUUACUUGUCUUACCUGGGUUUUGUGUUCUUUCUUGUGGUUUUAGCUGCUCUGUAUUAAAGAUGGAGGUAGAGAGGUGUAACUGGGCUCUCUGCAGAACACCAAACUGCCUUAUCAUGAAACACGUGUAAAAUUACUGUCAAUCGUGGGGGAAACUAAACAAUAUUCAACCUAUCAGUACUUAGUGGGGAGUGCGUUUCCCAUAAUCCCGUCAGAGGCCUAACUUGUGAGUGCAAUAGACAUAAGUGUCUUACCUCUGUGAAUCCUUUUUUGCUGAUUUUUUGUUUUUUUGUCUUUUUUUAAUCUAAUUUUGGCUGCCCCUCCCCUUCCCCCUCAUUGGAGUUGUUGAAAAGCAGACAGCCCACUUGCACUUCCUCUGCCUUCCAUGAAUAUAUUCUCAAGACUGAACGGUAACACGGUACUGUCCUGUUAGCUGCACUGGAGAGCAGCCUUAAAACGGGUAGAAUCAAGACAAUAAUUGUAUUGGAUGUCCUUCUUGAUAUUAAAGCAUUAGUGUGGAGCCUGAAAUCGCCAGUUUUGCCCAGAACUCAAAGAUGGUUUGAUUAAAACAGUUCUUUGUAAUGACAGCUUUUAAACUACUAUUUUUAUUUCCUCGUCGUUGUUUCCGGGCUGAUGUUUACUCCACUGUGUUGAGCCUUGUGAGCUUGGCAAGCUCAGGAAUCUGAUGGAUGACAUUUUUUCAAAGGCAGCAAUCAUGUGAUGUAUAGGGACAGUUUUCCCUUCCCUGAGAACCCAGACGUGCUGAUAUAUUAUACUUGUGUAUUCUAAAUAUGUAGUCUUUUUUUUAUUUGAAAUACUUUGUAAGCACUUUGUCUGUGGUCGCCCUUCUAUUCGUUGGGUUCAGUCGAAGAGAACAAGCUGGCCUGGAGUGAUGAGUUUCUUACUCCGGGCGCUCUUGUGACGCAACAAAGAGACGGUGCUCGUGGAUACAGAAGAACAGAACUUCCUUUGAUCCCUUGAGAACAUGCUUCUUUCUGUAUCGAGGAGUCUGGAUUUCACUGAAAGUAAACGAAGUUCCCCUCAAGCUCCUGUAUCUGCAGGCAUUUUCUAAACAGGUGUGCUCGCCUGCCAAGCAUCUCUGCUCGAUCAGCUGUCAUACCUGUGUCAAAACCAGAGUUCAGGGAAUAAUCGAAGGGAACAGAGCCAUUUAUAAACUGCUUACAGACUGUUGUAAUGGGUAUGAUAGCUGUCAAGUGUAAAUAUCCCCCUUCACUUGUGCUUCAUGCAUGUGAUACAACUGGGACAGACAUGUUUUAUAACUCACAAAUGUCAGGUAAGUCGACUUCUGAGAUUAAUUUCCAUACAAAUGUGCCGUAACGUUGGUAUUUCUCUAUAGAUAAAAUAUCUUCAGCUGCCUAUCGGAAAUUUUUUUUAGUACGUCGGGAAUCGGCUUCCCUACAAUACGGCCUGUCUACUUGUGAUAUCUUGUGGAACUUGUCUGAGUGUAUAGAUGAAAAACAAAUGUAAAAAUAUAUAUAUAUAUAUAUAUAUAUAUAUAAAGACAUGCAGACAGUGACCCGUAGAGAGAAAAACCAGGAGCAAAAAUGACUCGUGUUUAGUGUAGAACUGGUCCUCGAAGUGACGAAGCAGCUGACUGACACCACUGAUACCAGUCAGCCGUGUCUGUAAAGCCCAAAGAAUUUUAAUUCAUUGUAUUAUAUUUCUAUUGAGAUUGAUUGAAUGGGAGCAGUUCUGUGUGUUUUGAGGGUCUCUGCUCCAGAGGUGUGGCUGUGAAAUGGGGACUGCUUUGUCUUUUUGAGCGUAAUGAGUUUUUUUUUGAUGUGACGGCACACCUGUGCAGUAAGUGCUUGCAAAUAUGAACCCUUUGAUUGUACAGUAGUGUCCUCCCCAUGAUUACAGGUGGUACAUCCUAACAGGACACAAGGAAAACCCAUCUUUUAUAUCCUGGUCUGGAGGGAACACAGUCCUAAUUAUUUUGUUUUGUUUUUCUUUAUUAUUUUGGACUGGACAAGAGUUUAUUUGUUUGGAA